AUGGUUCAAGAUGGACUAAAACUUAUUGGAACCCAUAUUGGUUGUGUUAGGGAUGCUAUUGGUUAUGUUUGUUCUUCUGAUAGUAGAAUUCAAGAAUUCAAUCAGCUAUGCAAAAGUCAAGGUCUGAAACCUAAGAAAUUUAAAAAAGACAUGCCUAUCCGUUGGAACUCAACUUAUCACAUGUUGAAUAGUUGUCGAAGUUACACUAAUGCAUUGAGUGUUUUCUAUAAUGACAAAUUUGAUGACAACCUUUUGACUGAGGAUAUGUGGAAUCUUUGUUUCAAAUUUUUGGACUUUUUGAAAGUCUUUUAUGAUGCUACAUGCAAUUGCUCCGAUGUUUAUUAUCCGACAUCUCCUAUUGCACUUAAUGAUUUGUAUGCAAUUAGUCUUACUUUUGAAAAAUACAGAUUUGAAAGUGGUCUUUUUGAAAAGAUUUGUGAAGUGAUGGAACGCAAAUACAAAAAGUAUUGGGAGGAGGUUCCUUAUACCUUUUGUUUUGGGGCUAUUAUGGAUCCAAGGAUCAAGCUUACUGGUUUGGAAUUGAUAUUGAAAGAAAUUGAGAAGAAUUUAUCUAUUACUAUGCCAUUGACAAUAACUAAUAUCCAAAAGAAUAUCAAUGAUACAUAUAAGUUGUAUGAAAAGAAAUAUGCUGCUGCUAGUGUUCAAGGUAGCCAAGCCCCUCACCGUCCUUCUCCAUCAGGAUCUAAUGCAUUUAGUAGUCAAGCUGUUUUUGGUUUGCUUGCUAGCAAAGCCAAACAAACAGGUGUUGUCAGUUCUUGCAAUGAAUUUUUCCAAUAUUUAGAUACUGAUUUUACUGAAUUCAUGACUGAGGAAGAAAAACAAAAAUUAGACAUUUUGGGGUGGUGGAAAGCACAUAGCAGAAACUUUCCUGUGCUUUCCAUCAUGGCGCGUGAUGUGCUAACAACUCCGGUGUCCACAGUAGUAUCGGAGUCUGCUUUUAGUGCAGGUGGUCGUGUAUUGGAUGAAAAGAGGACAAGGCUAACUCCCAAAAAUUUGGAGGCUCUUAUGUGUGUUAAAGAUUGGGAUGAUGCAGAUCUUAGAGCUCAAAGUUUUGUGGAUGAGGAUUUGGCAUAUGAACAUGGAAAGCAAGUUAAGAGUGCUGUUGGGAUUAAAAACACUUACAAGUCUCAUGUAGCUUUCAAGUUUGAGGAGCAGAAAGAACAAGUCAUUGUUGAGCAGGUUUUACGUUUUGUUUUCCUUGACUCGAAACGCCCUACUGUUGCAAUGGAAAAACAUGAAACUGAGAAUAAAGAUAAUACAGAGAAACUAAAGUUGAUUAGCAUGGACUCUAGCAUCAGAAUCUGA